AUGACUUUAGCUAUUGAGGAUCCUUUCACCAAAGAUUACAGUGAAGCAGUAAGGGAAUACUUGAAUCAGAAACCCGAUGAGUUGAAUGUAGUGAUAACUAAGUCAAUUGAAUCGGCGGAUUCUCUCAAUUUGAUUUUGAAUAAAUUAUACGAUGAUUAUAGGAAAGAAUGUGACAAGAUGAAUUUAGGUCCAAUGUAUAACAUAAAUAUAAUAUUCAAUGAGUUAUCUUUGUUACAAGGGUCAAAUGUAUUUCAUGUCAAUGGAGAAGAAUCAUAUGGAGAAGAAAUCAAAGCAAAUAUCAAUUCUAUCAAACUUGAAAAUAUAGCUAACAAUGAUCGAUAUAAAGUUGUGGCUGUAGGAGGAACAUUUGAUCAUUUGCAUGACGGACAUAAGAUUCUUUUGUCUGUUGCUACGUAUUUAAGUACACAAAAGUUAAUUGUGGGAGUUACAGAUGCCGAAUUGUUGAAGAAUAAGAAAUACAAAGAACAAUUAGAUUCGUUUGAAAAAAGGAUUCAAUCUACUUUGAAAUUCCUUAAAUUAUUGGAUUUGAAAUCUGUUGAAAUUUAUAAGAUAGUUGAUGUUUGUGGACCAACAGGGUAUGUGGAGAAUAUUGACUGUUUAGUAUUAAGUCAAGAAUCAAGUGGAGGAGGUGAAUUUGUAAAUAAUUUCAGAAAAUCAAUUGGGUUCAAACAACUUGAAGUGUUCACUAUCGAUUUAAUAGGUGGGGAAAAUAAACUUAGUUCAACAGAUUUAAGGAAAGCCGACGCAUGA